UGAGACGGGAGGCGGUGGGACCGCCCCAGGAGCCGCCCUCGGGGCUCCGAACUCGGAGCUGCCGCCGACGGCGCCUUAAAGGCGGGAGGGCGGCGGAGCCGGGCCGGGCGAGGAGCAGCGGCGGCGGCAGAGUUUUCUUUUUCUGGAUGCCAGAAUCAAGAUCUGUGAUGGCUUCUGCAGAAUAUCAUUCCAAGAAAGUUCUUAAUGAAGAUACAAAUGAGAGUAGCGAUGAUAUGGACAGUGUGUGUAGUGACAGUGAGAAAAUGGGCUUCAUUGCAACAAAGGAAGAUGAAGACAGAGGGAGUACAAUUGACAUUGAUGAAGAGGAUAAGAUCAGUGACAAAGUGGAAGCAGCUGUUUUGCGGAUGCUUAAAAAAGAGGUAGAUAGAGAAAAAGAAGUCAACAACAUAAAUUACAGUAGCAUUGAAGAAGUGAAACAGGAAGCAUCACAAACUGAAGAUAAAGAUUUCAGAGUUGUCCAGCAUGAACAUGAUUCCCAAAGCCAUGGAAUGAGAAAAUGUCAUGAAUUUCUGAAGAAGUUGAGGAUACACGUUUGGGCAUCCCUAUCAAAGGCUCAGUAUGUCAGUCUGUUAAAAGACUUUGUUGAGUCUGAAUUCUUUGUAAUAGAUGGGGAUUCCUUACUACUUAUGUUUAUAGAUAAGAAAACACAAUAUCUAAACUUCUUCUACCAAAUUGAAUGCUUUCUGCAUGAUUUCGCUGAAAAAGGAGCAAGAUACGUCAUUACUUUCUUCAAGGAUGCAGAGCAGAUGUUCUUUCAGUAUCCUCAUUUUCUUUUCUUACGUACUGCAUUAAUAGAACACCUGAGGCAUAAUACAAGCAUAACUGUUCAUACAGAAUUUUCCAAUUGUUUAUCAUCCAAGUGGGAGAUUUUCCUGAAGCAAAGCUAUCCUUACUUCAUCAUCGUAUCUGACACAGGACUGAGCUCUCGCCAAACAGACUUUUUAUCUGUUUUAAUUGCUCAUUCAUUGUCAAAGAAAAUCAAUGUUGUGCUUGCUUCAGGACAGGAGUAUGAUCUUCUUAGAGUUUAUGGAUAUCACGUUCAGAGUGUAUAUAAACACAGAUCAUUUUUUCAAAUGUAUGAACAAGAUCUGCGAUGUGCCUGUGAAAACCUAGUCAGGCACAAAGAACCUUUGAUCCAUCUAUAUGAACAUCUCAAGCUGAACCUGAAAAGCAUACAAAAAGAGGUUUGCCAGGCUAUCCGUUUGUUGAAACAACUGUGGCCUGAAGGAUCUGAUAUUCGCCGUGUGGUCUGUGUUCUUGCUUGUGCUGUGGGAUUAAAAAUAUACAGCAGCGUGCUGGGAAAUGCAAAUACUCCUAUGGGAGCAAACGGAAUGCAAUCAGCAAGAAGAAGAAGUAAACACGUAUCUCCUGAAGAAGCAGCUGACCUGUGCAGAAUGCAAUGUCUCACAGUGACUUUUCUUCUUCAUAUGCCUCUUUCACAGAGAGCUCAGAUUAGGGACAUGAAAUCCUGCUGGACAAAGCAAGUUUUACCACUGUUAAAAAUGCAACAGUUGUGUAUGCAUUUUGCUCUGGUACAGCUGUGUGAUACAAAUGAUUGGAAAUUGGAUUUAACUUACCUGCCUGAUUUAAAUGAUGAGUCACUGCUCAUAAAUCUUGCACAUUACUAUGAGGUCGAAUACACUAAAGGAUUAGAGUUCCAAAAGGAUUUGGGGAAAGAAAUGGAGAAUGACUACCAAUUUUUAUGGGACGCUGUAAAAAAAUUGGCAGUGAAAUACAGUUUUGGAGAUGCUUUCCCAAUACGAAAAACAUCCCAAGUAUUUCUUGAACAGGAGCAGACAUUAUUUAGAGUCUGUGAAGAAGAAAUUCCUAACAUUGGACUAAUCCCAGUGAAAUCUGAUCUUGUUCAAGAUUAUGUUGGAGAUGUUUUGAAAGACCUACCUGUUUUAAAAAGCAAUGACCCUGCAAUUACUUCACUUAUUAAAUACAAGGAAUUCGAUGAACGUCAUCACUGGCAUUCUGAUAGACCUUUGACUGAGGAAUAUGAGCGAGUGCCAUGCAAUGCUGAUGCAAAAUCCAAAAGUCCAAAAGAAAGAAGAGAAAUACAGAAGUUACAGACUUUUCGUCACUUUUAUGGAAGCACUCUGGAAGACAGCCCUUCCAAACAUAUUGUAUAUCAAGAGCAUGUGUCAGAGAAUGCUAAUUCUGCUGUCAAAAAGGCACAAAAGAAGCACAAAAGUAAAGUGGAAAUAAUUACAGAGGAAAACAACAGGCGACUAAAAGCUAAGGAAGAAGAUAAAGAACAGAAGCAAUGGCAAGCAUUAUAUAUGACAACUGUAAAGGAAAUAAAAGAAAACCAGACUGUUGGAAUAAAUAAAUUGGAGAAGUUUCUCAAGACCUUUAAAAGUAAAUCUGUGAAGUUCAGCAUAGAAAUGACAGCACUGUCUGCCUGUUUACAAGUGUGGAAGAAACACUGCAAAGAGCAAGGAAACAAAUCUAAAGAUUUAAGCAAAGCUGUUCAAGUCAUGAGGAGAAUUCAUAUCCUUCUUGAAAAAUAUCAAGAUCUCUUGGAGGAACCACAUCUACAAAAGCUGACCAAAUAUCUAAAACUCCUUGGAUUUGAGAAUUUGGCAUGCUCCCUGUCUGGCCAGACAGGAAAAAGCAAUAAUCAGAAUACAAGCAAAUAUGCUAUUGAAGUGGGUUCAGCUCGCUUUCAGCUACAAUACAUGGAUUAUUACUUGCUCAGAGAAGAGAGAAAUGAUCCAGAUCCCAGAGUGCAACAUUUCAUACCAGACACAUGGCAGCGAGAACUUCUUGAUGCUGUAGAUAAUAAUGAAUCCGCGGUGAUUGUUGCUCCCACUUCCUCAGGAAAAACAUAUGCAUCAUACUAUUGCAUGGAAAAAGUUCUGAAAACAAGCAACGAAGGAGUAGUUGUGUAUGUUGCUCCUACAAAGGCCCUUGUAAACCAAGUGGUAGGAACUGUCUACAGUCGAUUCACCAAGAAACUUCCAGAUGGAUUGGCAGUGUGUGGAGUCUUUACACGAGAUUAUCGCCAUGAUGUCAUGAAUUCUCAGAUACUAGUGACAGUGCCUCAAUGCUUAGAAAUUUUGAUGCUGUCUCCUCGUUGCCAGAAAUGGACCCAACGAAUACAGUAUGUUAUAUUUGAUGAGGUACAUUGUCUUGGUGGUGAAAUUGGAGCAGAGAUUUGGGAACAUCUUCUGAUAACAAUUCGAUGUCCAUUUUUGGCACUCUCUGCUACUGUUAGUAACCCGGAACACCUAACUGAGUGGUUACAAUCUGUGAAAAGGUAUUGGCAACGUGCUGAGAAUAAAAUAGAAGGAAGCUCUACAAACUCUGAAAAGAACUUUACAAGACAAUGUAAAGUGAAAUCUAAAGUACAAGAACAAAAGAAAUCAUAUCGUGUUAGACUAGUCUUGUAUGAAGAAAGAUACAAUGAUUUGGAAAAGUAUGUGUGUUCUCUAAAGGGUAGCGAUUUUACCAUUGAACACUGUCAUCCAUGUGCUGCAUUAACAGUCAAUCAUAUUGAGAACUAUGGCAUUCCUUCAGAUCUUUCUCUGUCUCCACGAGAGAGCAUCCAGCUUUAUGACACAAUGGCAAAAGUCUGGCAAGACUGGCCAAGGGCACAGGAGCUAGAUCCUGAGGAGUUUGUCUCUUUCAAGAAUAAAGUAGUAAUAAAAAAGGUAGAUGCAAGGAAAUAUGAACAGGAACUGAAGAAAGAACUAAGCGAAUGGAUUGUACUUGGCCAAAGGCAGAAGGUGAAUGAACUACUGGAGCACCUUAAGCCAAAAUCUGUGGAUUGCUCAGAACAGCAGAAGUGGGAACAUUUUGCAAACUUUGUUGAUAAAUUACAUGAGAUGGAUAAGUUGCCUGCCAUAUUUUUUAUAUUUAACAUCCAUUCAGUCGAACGUGCAGCCAAGACUGUAUUCUCUAAAUUGCUGGAAAAACAAGAAAGUAUACAAGGUCCAGAUCCUGAGAGGGAAGAAGAGCAUUUAAGGGAAAAACUAAGAAAAGUGACCAAAAUGCUAACAAAAUUCCCUGAGGAUACCAAAAAGUUGAGCCCUCAUAAAAUAAAAAGGAUGGAACUUCUUUCAACUAAAAAAACCAACCUAGAAAUAAGGCUUAAAACACUAACUACGAUCCCUUCUGUGUGUACUUACGCUGACCAUAAAGCAGUGGAUGAAGAUACUUUGAGGAAGAUUUUUCAUCGUCUUAGGUUUGAGAGAAGAGGUUAUCUGCAGCAAAAGAUGGCACUGAGGGGAAUUGGGUAUCAUCAUGCAUCUAUGUCUGCUAAGCAAAGACAAGUAGUGGAGAUGCUUUUCAGGCUGGGAUACGUGAAGGUAGUCACAGCUACUUCAUCUCUUGCUCUGGGAAUCAACAUGCCAUGUAAAUCUGUUGUCUUUGCUGAAGAUUCUGUCUUUUUAGAUGCCUUAAAUUACAGACAGAUGUCAGGGCGUGCUGGAAGACGGGGACAAGAUAUGAUUGGAAAUGUGUUCUUCUAUGACAUCCCACUGCCCAAAGUUGAAAGACUUAUCAAAUCCAAUGUACCUCAGUUGAAAGGCCAAUUUCCUCUGACUAUUUCCUUAAUAUUGAGACUCAUGCUGUUGGCUGCAAAGGCUGAUGACAAAGCAGAUGCUAGAGCAAAGGCUUUGUCAGUGUUGAAGCAUUCACUGAUGUCAUUCAGAAAAGAAAGAUAUGCUGAAAUAUUAAAAAUUUAUUUUGUGUUUUCCUUGCAAUUUCUUAUCAAAGAGGGCUACUUGGAUCAAGAAUGUAACCCCGUAGGAUUUGCUGGACUUGUGACACACUUGUACUAUCAUGAACCUUCAAAUUUCGUUUUAGUGAGCUUUCUUGUGAAAGGUUUAUUGCACAAAUUGUGCCAGCCAAUUAAAGACUCAACUGUUUUUUCAGAAGAUGUCAUGGAAAAGUUAGUUCUCAUUCUAGCAAACUUAUUUGGGAGAAUGUAUCUUCCAGCCUGCUCAAUGAAAUACAAACGCCAAUUUUCCCAGUCAAAGGUCUUCCUAGAAGAUCUACCAGAAGACUUUGCAGAUGCUUUAAAUGAAUACAACACCAAAGUACAAGAAAAUUUUGCUCAUUUUCUUCUGACAACUGCCAAGCUGGCUGAUAUGGAACAAGAAUACAAACUUCCACUGUCAAAGACAGACUUUACAUCUCAGAAUUGGCACGGCUCUGAACUAGCAUCUUAUUUGAUGGACAACACCAAAAGCAUAUCUGCCAUCUCACCUUUUGCAUGUUUAUCUGGAGUGGUUGAUAAUGAUCUAUUUCAUGAGAACAUCAUUAAUAAAGCUGUCUUACAUUCUCUUGGAGUUAAUGUCACAAACUGCCCCCUGCUUUAUUUGAACAAGUAUGAUAAUCAGGGAAGGAGGAGGCCACUCAAUGCAUAUGCACUGGACUUUUAUAAGCACGGUUCCUUGACUGCAUUGACAACUGAUAACUGGUUAAAUGAAGGAGAUGCUUACUACGCCCUCAAAGAUUUUUCACUCCUCAUUAAGUCUGUUGGAACAAGUCUGAGUGAACUAUGUGAUGAUCCAAAUGAUAAUGUUCUACUGGCAUUUAAACAACUGGGUGAAAAAUAUGAAGAGAAACUGAAGCGUAUUACUUAAAAAAAACCAAACCCAAAGCAGCAGAUAUUCUUACCAAAGAUAGCAGCCUUUAGGUUAAAAAAUUACUAGAUCUGAGUUACCAAGUAAAAUUUCAGAAUAAAGCUUUAGUUAAUAAUCAGUACUAGUAAUAAAAAGUUUACUUUAGGAAGCUAACCUUUACCAAUUGACAUUUUAGCAGUUCUAAUGUCAACUAAAUAAUAUUUUUAAUAAAUUACAAAACUAAGUAAUUAUACAUUAUCUUUCAGUUGCACUUUUUUUCAGGCAGUGGCAUAUGUGUUAAGAUAGCUCUCAGAUAUGUACUGAACAAAUGUCACAGUUCUGACAGCUGGUGAGAUUAGCCUCUCAGUAGGACAGUAUUAGAAACUUUCAGCUCCUUUGUGAAGGAUGUUCAGCAAUUAUAAAAGAAAUUGUUCUGUUUUCCAAGGUUUCUAUUAAAUCAUGAAUAGUACUAUUUUCAUGAACCAUUAUAAAAGCUUUUAAACUGGUCUGCAGUUUUAGUUUACAAAAUUUUAAAGAGAACACGGAAGUUUGAUUAAUAAAAAGUUCCAACCACAUUGCUUCAUUUUUCACCUCUUUAAGAGUCAGAAAGAUCCAGGACACUUAUGGCAUACUUGUCGCCAGAACAGAGAGAUUUCUCUGAACAAUUUUUCCUGCACUUUGUAGGCCUUGCUUGCCAUGGAAGUGACAAACGUGUAUUGUUUAUACUUAUAGACUGCGUGGAAAUAUGUGAUGUUUAUACUUGUUAGCUGUGUGUCUAAUUAUAAGGUUUGAGAACAUAAUAUGUUUAUAGUAAGAAAACCUUGAGAACCUAGAGAUAAAAGUACACCUGCAGAUCUAGGAAAAACCCCUAAAAGCAGAUUAAUUAGAAAGAGGUUUCUAUGCCACGAAUGAUUUCAGGUCGCAUGGACAGAGCCUCAGAUCCAAUAAACUGAGAGCAUGAGACGCGUGCACAAACUGAGCUAUCCAAUCAUCUUGUUGUGAGCAUGUACCCUGAGCAAACUAAACUGUAUAAAAGUUAACUGAUUUAAAUAAUAAAUUGGACAUUGCUUUGAUCACAUUGGUCUUGUUGCUAUGUCUCUGAGCCUCCCCAUCGAUACAUACUUGUCAAGAAAUCUGUGUAAUACAAAUCACUGAGUUCAGUAAAAUAUGUUUUCUAACUA